UUGGUUUCAUUUUCAAAGCGACGCAUGGCAAGAGAGAGAGAGAGAGAGACAGAGAGCGGGCAAGCAUGAUAUACACGCAGAGCGGUUGCCAGACUGACAUUCGUAUUACACGGUUGGCAAGCCUAUCCAGUUAUUGUUUAGUGUUUUUUUCCCCAUGGAAGGUGUUUGUACUAAUGUGCAAGACAGUUUUAGUUGCGUUGGAGAAGAAUUUACUUCGAUUAAAACACUCUUGGUGUUGUGCUUUUGUGGCUAUGUUCAUGUGACCAAAUAUGGCUGGAGUCAUUGUGCAGGCAGUUGGAUUCCUUUUCUUAUCUGGCCUUCAUCAUGUUGUUGUGAAACUGUCUUUCUACCUUUGGCAUGCAAGCGUAUACUUGGGCAUAAAAGUAUGCAAACGGUGAGGGCAUUACCCGGAUCGUUAUUGUUGUUGUAAUAACACAUUCCUAACAGCGUGUUUGUUGUCAUAAAGUCUGUGAAGAGUGUAAGUCAAUGUUGUGGCAAUGCAUGAUGGAUUCGGAAAAAAAACUUUUAAACCAAACAUUAGAAACAGAGUCUCUCCUCUUGUUUUAUGUUGAGAGGGAAGAAACUUCAUCUGUGCUGUAUGUACAUUUGACAAUAAAGUUGUAUUCAAUUCAAUUCUUAAACUACAACCACAGUAAUAAAAAUAUUCACACAUUAUUGUAUUAAGAAAUGUAGAAUUUUUUUUGCGGGGGGGGGGCAUUGUGUUGUAGUUGCACCUUUUGAAACAAGACUGAGAUUUUAAAUGGAGCUCGGUAAGCCAUGCUUAAAUAGUACCGGUACUUCACUUGACUCUUAAAAUGAAUGAAAAUACCUUUGACAUGUCUUAUCAGCAUGCCAUGCAUCUUGAUCACAAGAUAAGUUUCAUUGAGGGAAGUAAGAGGCUGAAAAGUACCAUCCACUGUAGAUAGUUUGUCCAGUUUUACAUCCCCCGUGAAACAAUACGUUAUUGUUUUAUUGCCUUAACAUCCUCUUGUAACCCAUCCCCUUCCUUUGAAAGCGCAACAAAACCCAACCGAGCUUCUCUGGAUAGUCUCAUAAUGAGGGAGGCUAAGGUCCAUACCCCUGCUCAUGGAUUUUUCAGUGACUGCAUGUUCAUAAUAUAGUAACCACAGAAGUUUCGUUGUUGUUGAACUUGGCAUUUAAGCAUAACUCACACCUCAUAAUUGAUGAUUGACGAAUUCCCCAAUGGCAUUCAAAGAGGCUGCGUGAAGCCUACAAAGCACUUCCUGUUGUUCUUUUUUUUCACUGUUAUUUAGAAAUGAUCAUUUGUGAUGACAUCUCCCGGUUGAUUGGAAAUAACACACACACAAUCGCAACGGAACCACAUUUACGUGAAAAAAUUCCCCAAAACGUGGCACGCGGUCUGUUGCAUGACUUGCACGUCAUUUCAAAACAAAUGAUCCAAUACUCGCUGUCAUAAUGAACAUUCAGUACUGCUCUGAAUGACCCCAUUGUGGGUAAAGGUUCUCGCGCACGCUAUGUUGCAACUUUUUAAACUUGGUGGUGGUGGUGGGGGGGUGUUCACAGUAUACAAGAAACAGUGAGAUUGUGUACCUUCAAUGUAGUACCACACCGAGCACCACCGGAUGAGAUGCUGCGAAAUUCAGACCCCAAACUACCGUAAGCUCCACUGAUAGUCGUCGUGAUUACAUGCUGAUGAGAAGCGUCGCCUAUGCUGUUAAUGUCCUCGGGAUGUGUGUUUGUUCGCUUGAGCGCAUGCAAAAGUGUCCGUCCUUGACUAGUACCAGUUUAAUGGAGAAGAAUGGCCCGAAUGUGGUUGGAGAGCAGCAACUCUUUACCGGGGAUUCCCCACAGCGUGCUGUCGGUGCCCAUGGAAAAUAAAUACAAAUGUCAGCAGUGUCUCCAGGUCCUCAGGAAGCCCGUGCAGGCUCAGUGCGGCCACCGCUUCUGCGUCCACUGCUUCAAGCAGCUCACCAGUUCAGGCCCAAAGCCGUGCGAAGCCUGCCGCCAGGAGAAGAUCUACGAGGAGCCCACCUCCAUCCUCAACAUCAGCGAGGCCUUUCCGGACAACGCGGCCGGUCGAGAAAUAGCGAGCCUCCCCGCGCAGUGUUUGAAUGAGGGUUGCAGCUGGAAAGGAUCCAUCAAAGAAUACGAGACGCAGCAUGAAGGCUCCUGCGAGCUGGAGCGCGUGCAGUGCGAGGCCUGCCAGGCCUUCCUGUUGCGCUCGGAGCUAGAGCGACACUGCGAGAGGGAGUGCGAGGCCCGAAUUCUCAACUGCAAAUAUUGCAAAGUGUCAUGCAGCUUUAAAGACAUCAAGGCUCACGAUGAAGUGUGCCUCAAGUUCCCGUUGCAGUGCAAAGACUGCGGUAAAAAGAAGAUCCCAAGAGAAAAGUUCAACGAUCACCAACGAACCUGCCCUAAGUCCAAGAGCGCCUGUCCUUUUAGCAAAGUGGGCUGCAAAUUUGUGCUGGACAACGGUAAGCUGAGCGAUCAUGAACACAGUAGCGUCAUGGAGCACCUGCGCUUGCUGCUGCCCAUGGUUCUGUCGGUGGCACGGCCGCCCCGCGCAGAGGCCCCGCCCCCCAGUGAGUGGCAAGAAGAUUCGGGUCUGGGUCUGUACAGGGCUCCUGAGGAGGAAGACUCGUCCCCUGUGCCUCCCGUGGACCAGGACAAGAAGGUGAGCGCCUUGGAGAACAUCGUCUGCGUUCUGAACCGCGAGGUGGAGCGCAGCUCUGUGACACUGGAGGCCUUCUCGCAUCAGCACCGCCUGGACCAGGAGAAGCUGGAGAACCUGAACAACAAGGUUCAGCAGCUGGAGCGGGCGCUGGCCAUGCGUGACUUCCAGUUGUCUGAGACAGAACAGCUGGUGCGAGAGCUGCAGUUGUGCACCUAUGACGGCAUCUACGUCUGGAAGAUCUCGGAUUUCGCUCGCCGCAGGGUUGACGCCGUGGCCGGUCGGACGCCUGCCAUGUUCUCGCCGGCAUUCUACUCCAGCAAAUACGGCUACAAAAUGUGCCUGCGCUUGUACCUGAAUGGCGACGGCACGGGGCGGGGGACGCACCUGUCGCUCUUCUUUGUGGUCAUGCGGGGGCGCUGCGACGCGCUGCUCAAGUGGCCCUUUAGCCAGAAGGUGACGCUGAUGCUGCUGGACCAGAACAACCGCGAGCACAUCAUCGACGCCUUCCGUCCAGACAUCUCGUCCACGUCUUUCCAGCGACCGGCCGGCGAGAUGAACAUUGCCAGCGGCUGUCCGCUCUUCUGCCCGCUGGGGAAACUGGCAGCGAAGAGUCCAUACCUGCGCGACGACACCAUCUUCAUCAAGGCCAUCGUGGACCUGACAGGCUUGUGAGGUGAAGACUGUGGAAGUUGCCACCCAAAAAAAAAGUACCAUUCACACAAAAGAGUCUCUGAUUAUUGACUAGAAUAUACACAGCUCACUGGCUCGCUGUUAUAUCAUGAGCUGAUCAUGUUAUCGUACUACAAUAAUAAUAAUACAUACAUACAUUUAACAUACCAUACCAACCCCACUUGCGUAAAUGAAAAAAUAUAUAUACUGUAUUAUUGUUUAUUUUUUAUACUUGAUAAAAUCCAGCACAAAGGAUUUAAAAAACUAAUUACAUACGGUAUAUACAGUAUAUAUAAUUACAAUUUGGGGGAAAAAAGUAAAUUUUGAAGCUUUUUAAUUACAUAAUUCAAAACGUGAUAUAUAUAUAUAUUUUUUUUUUUUAAUAAAAUGAUAUAUUAUUAUUUUAUUAUGUAUAUAUUAUUGAUAGAUCAUGACAAAUAUUAAACAUACUGUACAUAAAGAGAAAUGUGUUGAAUUAUGUGAACAAAAUAUUUUAAAUUGGAAUUUGUAUGUGAAAUACUCAAGCAUAUUUUACAGUCAUAUGUGUAUUGAAAUGAAAAGUACAAACAUAUAUCUUCAUUAUUGCGUGCGGCUCUUGUGCCUUAUUUGUACUCUUUAUUUCUAUAAAGAAACAAUGUUGUGCUGUGCAUUUAGUCAAAAUAUUUUUGUUAAUUCUGUAGUGCAGCUAAUAUUUUAUCCGUUACUCUACUUUGCUGUUUUUUUUUUUUUUAAUUAAAACACAAGUGGGAAAAGAUGAUGUAUUCUUGUCUCAGUUACAAAAGGAAAUGUGCGCAGUUGACAAUUCGUUUACGGGUCAUUAAAAGCAACACAACACGCAUCACAAGAUUGAGUACGGACGCGUGUCCUUAAGUGUCACAAAACUUCAGAGAGACUUUUGGAAGCUCCCAAAAAAUUGAACUGACAAAAGGAACAGGAAAAUAUGUUCUCUAAACAGUACUCGGAUUUUUUUUGCAUCCUAUUUUUUCCAUCUGUUUAGUAUAACCCUUAAAGUCUAGAAUACUACAAAUAAGGACAGCCCAAUGUCAAUUCAAUGAUUUGAGGUCAACAAAGAACUGUUUGUCUUGACAUUUUGUUUAAUCGUCUACAUUUUUUACUGUACGUUUUUACGGUGACUUAAUAGUACUACUUUUCUUAUUUAAAAAAAAAACCUUUGAGGGGGAAUGAAUCAAUUCAAACUGUAUCCCAAGGCACCAUUGUAGUUCAUUUGCAAUAUAAAUACGAAAUAAAUUAUUUAAAAAAAAUAAAAAUUAGUAUUUAUUAUUUUAAUUAUUUUUAUAAUUAUUUAUCAUUAGUAAAAUAUUAGUAUGUAUUUCAAUGGUUAUCAAAAUUAGAAUUUGAAACUUUCGAAAUGAAAACACCAAUGAUGCACAACAAUGCAAAGUAUUUUAAAUAAGUACAGGAAUCAGGUUUGCAGUUGGAACACAUACGAUAUUUAUUUUUGGAUAUGUCAUGUGUGGGAAAAAAAAUAUUUGUAGUCCUAGACGUAUUAUUAAAGGGGAAACAAUAUCACACAUUCAAUCAAGAAUGGAAACUCUUAAGUUUAAAAAAAACAAACAGACAAAUUACGGGGUUGCGCCACUGAUAUCCAUCCACCGGACACAUUAUUAGGUACACCUGCACAAUCUCAGCAGCAGUGUUUUAUGGCACCGUCAUACUUGAACAAUGUCUUGACUGCGUUGCUAAUAUUUUGGCUACACGAGAGGGGUACAAAAAAGAUACAGGUGUGCCUAAUGGUAUGUCCUGCGAGUGUUUCUGUAGUCGCCGUGCACUUACAUAUUUAAUAGAGAAUACAUAUUCGCCUGCUGUAUUCGAUAUUGAAGCGCAUGUGUUGAAUCAAACAUAACAUCCAGGAUCCAUCUUGUAACAAUCUCAGAAGGGACAUGCUCAAUUACAAGAAUUGUUCAUGAUAUACGGUGUGUUGUUUUUAGAGAGCCUCCAAAAGGAUUCCUCUGAGGUUUUCAUGUUAUUUGCAGGUUCAGCAACAUUUUUCUCCAUGCCAUAAGCCCAUUGAUUAGUUUUCUCAUAGUCAUGCCUGUUUCUUUUUUUUUUUCCUUUUUAAAUCAGUCCACAAAAAAGUAGGAAGUGAUGUUCACAAAAAAAAAUAGGCGAAAAUUUUUUCAUUUUUCUUGUUUAAAAAUGUAUCCAGAUGACAUAGCUCCAAACAUGACAUGGGCCUUUUUUUCAUGUCAUAUUUCAGGAUAACAAUUUAGUAUUUUGUGGGCACAAAUUAGAAUUUUGUGAUCACAAACUAUGGCUACAAAUGAGUAUUUGUACAUAUGUUUUAUGUAUUUCAUGGCUUCAAAUUAGUAUUUGUUUGUACAGAUUAUAUCUAUAUCCUGGCCAAAUUUUAGUAUUUUAUAAUCACAAAUUAAUAUGUUGUUAUCAGGUUGCACCUUUUUCAUCAUCUUAUAUAAAUAAUUUGUCCGCUCGGUAUAGUUCAUGCAACUAAUUACCAUUUUGGAGACACAUUUUAUCUUUACCGUGGCCACGAGUGAUUUUUUUUCCAUGUCAUGCCUGGAGCUCUGUGCGGAAGAGGGGCGG